UUGGCUUGUCAUUGCGCACUACAGUGACCGGUUAUUUGUAGGGUCAAUAUUGCAACCCUGUCCAGUUUGCUGGAAAAACCAGGCAACAAUGAAAGCAGGUCUUUUGCUGUUCUCCAAGCUCCAGUUCCACAGACAACUAUGGGGUUUUCCGCAGCGUCAAGUAAGACACGGCCAUAAGGUGACAUUGAGAACUCUAUGCAGGUUCCAUGGAGCAUUCCUUCGAGCGCGAAAGUACUACACCGGCGACAUAGGACUGACUCUCAAGAUAGUAUCACACCGGUGACAUUUCAGUGACGAUCAAGAAACUAAGUAUGACAUGAGGAAAUCGAAUCGAGAGUCUUCCAGUAUAAGAAGGGUGGUAGAAAACCGGCUCAAUUUGCUUUAUUCCAUCAUCCACAAUCACAACAACUCCAACAUCAAGAGAAACCAUCAGCUCAAUUCAACGGCACAACCCGACACUGAAGACUUCAGCACAAAAACCAGCAACAAACAACAAUACCUUCAUCUUCCACAAUGGUCCAGUUUUCUACCCUCCUUUUCGCUGCCACUGCAUGCCUUGUCGCAGCGGCUCCUCACAGCGCCCAGAAGUCCAAGGCCAUUGUUUCCCGCGGUGCUCCCGCACCGGGUGACGAGCUCACAUUGAGCAAAACAAACAACAACAUGGACGACGGGACCUUCGACACCAACGGCGGAGACAUCACGUUCAAGGUCGGCAACAAGCUCGGUGAAGGGAGUGCAGGCAGGAUCUACAGCAUUGACUGCAACGGCAACGCCGCCUGCAACGAGCUGGGCCGCGUCGUCCUCAAGCACUACAUCGACAACGACCAAGCCGGGGGUGAGCGGAACAACCUUGCCAAGAUUGGGGAGCUGAAGGCCGUCAAGACCAGCAACGGGGACGAGUUCACCCUCCUGACGCAGUGGGACGGGGUCAAGUUUUCCGAGCUCCCAACGUACCAGAGACUCUCCCAGAACACGGAGGAGAACUACGACGCUCUUGUGGAGUUUGUCGACAGCGCCAUUUCGAAGAUUGCCGACGAUGCCAAGGCGUACAUCACGAACAACCUCAUCUUUCAUGAGGACGUCAACGACGCCAACGUCUUGAUGCAGGAAAGCGACGGCAAGAUCACCUCUGCCAAGGUUAUCGACUGGGACAAGGCCACGAUCAUUUCUGCCGACAACGUCGAGGACGCUCUCGGCGAAAUGGAGGAUUUGGUCAACCUUGCGUUCGAGAGAUUCAAGCCGCAGUAAAUCUUUCCAUGCUCGGCAGGGAAGAACAUUGGCGCAAAAACGGUUCGCCAGGAUGGAUCGGGCCAAAAGUGCACACUCGGGGUCCUUCGCUCGCUCGCUUUCUUAUCGUGUCUGGAUAUCGGCUUUCAUGUACGGCUCUCUUGGUUUUCUGCGCGGUUUUCCUUCCUUAAAGGUCGCUACACGGUUUUUGGUUUUGUCUUUGGCUUCGAUCCAUCUUCAGGUUCAGAUGGCGCACCUCAAGGGCCCAUUCCAAUCUGGGAUGGACGGAGAUCUUGUUUGGCAUUUGUGUAUCUCAUUUCUAACACCAACACACGCAUUUUUAUUGAAUUUGAUCAAAAU